AUGUGUGGUCUCCAACGAUCUGCCUCUGUAAGCCUUCUUGCCUGCACUUCCCUUCGAGCGGUCCAGAACAUUCGAUUGCUCCGCCAGCAGCAGAUGUCUUCUGCAGGAACAAGUGUUCACAUGCGCGGCUACAGCACAAGGCCAGCCGAGGCUGAUGUUCUUCACGUCCGUCCAAAAGUUACUCUUGCAACUUUACGCAAGUUGUACAAGCGCCGUGAACCAAUUACUGUCAUGACCGCCCAUGACUUUCCCACAGGAACUCUGGUUGACAAAGCUGGCAUUGACAUGACCCUUGUCGGCGACUCCCUGGCCAUGGUUGCACUUGGCUAUACCUCCACCUCCGAUAUCACGUUGGACGAGAUGCUUCACCAUUGCCGUGCUGUCGCACGAGGAACACGCUCCAGCUUUUUGGUUGCCGAUAUGCCCUUUGGUACCUAUGAGGUCAACCCUGAUUUGGCCGUUACAAAUGCUGUCAGAAUAGUCAAAGAAGGCAAGGUUGAGGCUGUAAAGCUAGAGGGUGGUAAAGAAAUGGCCCCUACUAUUGCACGUCUCACUCAGGUAGGCAUCCCUGUUCUUGGCCAUAUUGGCCUCACUCCUCAGCGUCAGGCCAGCUUGGGAGGAUACAAGGUCCAAGGAAAAACUGUUGCCAAAGCCAAAGCCUUGAUUGAGGAUGCCCUCGCUCUCCAAAAAGCUGGCUGCUAUGCCGUCCUUCUCGAGGCUGUCCCUGCACCUGUGGCUACACAUAUUACCAAUAUUUUGAAUGUUCCUACUAUUGGUAUUGGAGCUGGAGCUGGAUGCUCUGGUCAGGUUCUCGUCCAACAAGACAUGCUAGGGCUCUAUGGUCGUGUCCCUCGAUUCUGCAAGACCUAUCGUAACCUUGCAGACGAGAUUGUGGGAGCACUUCGUGAGUUCAGUGCAGAUGUUAAAUCUGGCUCCUUCCCUUCUGAGGAACACUGCUACCCAAUGCCCAAGGAGGAACUUGAGCGGUUCAUGCUCAUGAUUGGUGAGGAGAAAGUUAUUGAACAAGAGGAGGCACGAAAUGUAGCGACCCUCACAGCUUGA